AUGUGUUGGCAGAAGCCGUGCUACUUAUCGCAGCUGUCGCGAACCUAUCCAAUUUUGAGACUCGUCGAUGUUUACGACCGCCAGUCGUUUAUACGAGCGUAUGUGUUGGACAACAUCUACAUUUGCAUUUUAAUGUAUGCCCUGUUCUACGCGACGCUAUGGUACGCUUCUAACAUAAUAAAACGUAUCGAGAAGUCGAACCGGGAAAUGUCAACGACAGUCGCGGAGAACAAAACGAAAUUGGACAGGUUGAUACUGCUGAGGAGCAAGAAAACGCAAUUCGAGGAAGUGAUCGUGAAAACGACCGACGCGCAAAAAGUGACCACAAAACACUUGGAGGAUGAAAUGUAUAAACUCGGCACGGAAUUAAUCAUCACGUCCGACAAAAUCACACAAUUAGAAAGGGUCAUGGAAAAAUACAAACACCCGGACAAUUCGCACGCGGAUUCAGUCGAUGUUGUCGCAGCCCACGAGGGUGAACGUUCUCCAGAGGGUGAACUCGAAGGCAUCGCGAAUCCGCUCGAAAGCUUCAAGAUCCUCGAGCCGUCAUUUCCACCGUCCGUGCCGCCGGAACCACCGCCUCGCAAGUACGGGAUCUUUGUCAGCCGACCUCCUGGGCAACGGAGAGCGUCGCUCGCAGCCGCGUCUGCCCCGCCAAAAAUCGGAUUCAAGUAA